AUGUCGGAUACCGAGAGCAGUGGCUCCAGCGGGGGUUUAUUGGCAAUAGCGAAGGACGAGGUGAAGCCAUUGCCAGUUUUGCUAUUCAAUACCAAUACCAGCGAGAAGCUCGAGGAAUUUCAAGCUUAUUUUCGAACUAUGAUGAACUCUAAAGCAAAUUCAGUUGAGGAAGAUCAACCACCCGAGGAGCCUGCUGAUGUUAUCGAACCUAUACCAGCUGAACCGCCGUCGAUGGAGUCUAACGUAGAUCCGCGAAUGGAAUAUCUGGGCUCUGUUGUCCAAAAGUCAUUGAAAUUGAAGCAUGAAAAAUGGCACAGGCUCACCGUCACGGAGGAUCAUCGCAAUAUUUUGUUAGAUUUUUUGGACAAUCCAGUGCCUGCCGCGCUUUUUGUCGUGCUUACGCCGACAGCCCAACUGGUACCAUCAUGUGGCUUUCCCAUUCCUUGUCAACGUACGAAAGGAGUAUAUGCAAUCAAAAUGAAAAUCGCUGUUAUACCAAAAGAAAAAGAGGCCUGCGCAGCAAUGCUACUUACAGGAGAUUUAUCUCAUCGUGUAGUAGACGAACUAGCCACCAUAGUCGACAACAUAUUCGCGCCUUUACUCUGUAAGCCCGACAAUCACAAGGACCUGCCUGGUGUCGCUGUGCAGGAUAUUUCUCGACAUGUUCACUCACUUCGCGGUACUUUGUAUCAAGUAAAGGGCCAAGUAAACGGAAGAACAGUGUUACCUAUGCCAGCAGGUCUCGAGAAAGUAGCUGAAGUCGAAAGAUUAGUUACAGUCGAUGGUCCACAAGCCGUAGAUUUGUAUCUGAAAAGUGCCAUCGAAGGUGUUGUUAUAAAGUGGGCCUACCUCGUGAAUGACGUUGUUACUCAAGAGUCGAGUGUGGCCUUCGAAAACGGUCAAAAUCCAACGCCGUACGUUGAGCUCGAAUAUUGGUCAACUAGACUGGCGAAUUUACGAUACAUCUUCGAUCAGUUACGAGAAGAACGAGUGCGGAAAAUGGCAAUAAUCCUGGAGAAAACCGACAGCGCGUACUACCCAUGCUUCCGAACUCUUUUCGGAAAUGUUGUAUCGUCUUUGGCCGAAGCAAAGGAGAUCUCGUUGUACCUUACGCCUCUUGCCAAAUGCUUCAAAGCAGUGGAGGAGGUAGACUUUUCCGAAGCGAAGCCUAUAUGCAACUUGCUUGUGCAGGAAGCAAGAAGAUUUCUUGAUCCGACGCUGAUAUUUCAGAGUGACGUUGAUGAAGCUUUGCAAAGAGUGCAAAUUUCUAAAGACGUCCUCAGGGAAUUCAAAUAUCAAUUCGAACAUCACAAAAACAUGCCAGCGUUGAGAAAAGAAGCACCGCCAUGGACAUUCAAUCCCAACGCCGUAUUCGGUCGAUUGAACGCUUUUCUCAAGCGAUUAUCCGAUAUCGAGUGGCUCUUCGACACUGUCCUCGAGUUCUCGAAGCUGGAGAAAAUCGAGAUUGGUGGUGUUAUGGGACGUUCAUUGAGCACUCGCAUCACCGGCGUGUACAAGGAGUUCCAGCAACUUUUCGCUGCGUUCUCCACUCGCGGGAACGACGUACUUGAACCCGACGACGAAACUUUCGUACAGGAUUGCAAGAAAUUCAGCGAGGCCAUCGUUGACCUCGACAGCAAACUCGCGGCUAUUCUCUGCCAGGCUUUCGACGAUUGCGCGAAUUUAGAAAGUACUUUCAAGUUGAUAAAUAUCGCUGGGACAGUUUUGGAUCGACCAGUUAUCAGGAAACAGUUUACAAAUCGCUACUCACGAAUUCUUGAUCUGUUGAAUGAGGAAUUGACGAUAGUCGAGGCGCUAUUCAAUCAAGGGCCGCGAGGUGCAAUGCGUGAUUUACCGCCUCUUGCUGGUGAUUUACAGUUUAUGAGAAUGCUACAGUUUCGCAUUGAUCUGCCAGUGCAAACAUUCAAAUCCCUUCAACAUCCGAUCAUAGACAGCAAAGAAGGCAUGAAUAUUUUAGCACGAUAUGACAGAUUAAUCGCAACAUUGGAAGACAAGCAAAGGACUCUAUUCUUUGAAUGGGCAAAAGCCGUACCGGAUAAGGUCAAAGAGGGUUUGAAUAGAUCUUUAAUAAAGAGGGAUCAAGUUUCCAUGUUAAUUUUGAAUUUUGAUCCGGAGCUUCACGCUGUACUCAAAGAAGUCAACUAUCUGAAGCAAAUGUCUUAUGAAAAUAUACCAAAAGAAGCUCUAGAUGUAGCCGAAAUAUCGGAAACAUUCCGACAGUUCAGAACGCUCCUUACGGGCGCGGUGAACUUCUACAAUGAGAUUCGUCGAACUUGUCGCAAAGUUGAAUUCCAUUUGAUCGAACUCGAUAUCGCGCGAAUAGACUCUCUCGUUGAGCGUGGUGAAAACGAACUAAAAUGGAAUUCAGAAGGUCUCCUUGAUUACAUGACGGAACUUGGUAGUCUACUCGAAGACUUAUAUAAACGUGUAAAAGCUACUCAAGCUAAUGUAGAAAGCAUACGGAGUACUAUUGAGCCGUGGACGAGAAUGCCAUUAAUUGAACGUAAAGACCGACGUAAAGACACGUUGCUGUGUUUGGAGGAACGCGAGGAACGAGUAAACAAGAGAUACACGGAAAUGCGUCGAGCAGCUGAACAAAUUAUGCAAUUUCUGGAGGAAAAUAAAAAGCUGUUUGAAGUUUCGAAUAAAAAAAGUCGUGCGUGGCAAGUCUACGUUACUUAUGUCGAUAAGAUCGUUAUAGAAUCUCUUCGUAAAGCUGUUGGUUGUUCAUUGUCUUACCUCUUGGAGAACAUGGAUACUUCCUGUCAAAAUGAACCACUGCUGGAAGCGAGACUGGAGCUUCGAGAGCCCGACUUAUUUUACGUGCCAUCUCUUGAACCUGAUGAUCCUGAUGGCUUAGAUCAGCUGAUAGCGAAUUUAUUGAAUGAUAUUAUUCAUAUGGCUACACUCAUACCAAGACUGAAGACUGAUACUGAGGGAUAUGCAGAAGAGUUGCAAAAAGAUGAUGAUAUUUGCGCGAUGAAAAAUGAAAUACUUUCGGGUGUUAUUAAAGCUGUUGAAGAAGCUACUGAUUUUUGUGGGGUUUUCGAAGGUUACGCUUACUUAUGGCUAGAGGAUAGAGAUACAGUCAUGCAGCAGUUCUUAGAAUACAGCAGACAAUUAACCGUGGAAGAAAUCGAUAUGUUACUUGCUCUCGAUCCAAAAGCUCCAUCGAAAAAUCCCCCUAAAAUGGAGCACUUUCGAGAGCAAAUAGAUCUAUACGAAAAUGUGUACAUAGAAGUCGAAGAAAUGAGUUGUUCGAAAAUAUUUUGUAAUUGGUUCAGAGUUGAUUUAAAGCCAUUCCGACAAUCUCUUUUAAAUACUAUUUGCAAGUGGUCGAGUAUGUUUAAACAACAUUUAGUUGAGCACGUGACAACGAGCUUAUCGGAUUUAGGAUCAUUUAUAAGGCGCGCUGACGAAGGUCUUCUCCAGCAAGUACAGCCAGGAGAUUACGACGGUCUCGUUAGUGUGAUGGGUUUUCUGAUGCAAGUUAAGGAAAGGCAGCCCGUGACAGAUGAAAUGUUUCAACCUUUGCAAGAAACUAUUGAGCUUUUGAAAUUUUACGACCAAGAUAUUCCAGAAGAAGUUAAUGUCUUUCUUCAAGAACUACCCGACCAAUGGGCAAAUACCAAAAAAUUAGCUUUAACUGUAAAACAACAAGUUGCACCUUUACAGGCUGGUGAAGUUUCAAAAAUACGAGCUCGCAUAGUAGCUUUUGAUAUCAUAGUGGUUACAUAUCGAGAUGCUUUCAGACGUUUUGAGUUUUUCAAAUUUGAUUGUGAAAAACCUUACGAAUUACUCGAUGAAGCUCACGAACUCAUUUCAAUGCAAGAAAGACAAAUGCAGGAUAUACAACAGUCCGCCUCGCUGUUUGAAGUAAUGGUUCCUGAAUUCAAACAAUUAAAGCAAUGCAGAAAAGAAUUGAAAUUGCUUAAACAGUUGUGGGAUUAUGUAAAUAUUAUAAGAAGUAGUGUUGAAGGUUGGAAAGGAACGCCAUGGAGAAAAAUUGACGUGGAAAAUAUGGAUAUUGAGUGUAAGAAGUUUGCCAAAGAAAUAAGAGGUCUGGACAAAGAGAUGCGACCAUGGGAUACAUAUACAUCACUCGAAUCAACCGUAAAAAAUAUGUUAACAUCUUUGAGAGCCGUUGGAGAACUUCAAAAUCCAGCGAUACGCGAAAGGCACUGGUUUCAGUUAAUGAAGAGUACAAAGAAAUUGGGCGACAUGACUCCAGAAAUGACCGUACGGUUCGUUAUGGAUGAAGAAACAAGUCUAGAGAAUUUGCUAGAGUUGAAUUUGCAUGAGUGUGAAGAAGAAGUGAAAAAUAUAGUAGAUAAAGCUGUGAAAGAAAUGUCAAUGGAAAAAUACCUUCGAGAAUUAAAUAGCAUUUGGUCGGGUAUGGAAUUCGAAAAAGAAGAUCAUUCACGUACUGGUGCCAUUCUGCUUAGAGCUAGCGAAGAAUUAAUUGAAACUCUAGAAGAAAACCAAGUUCAAUUACAAAACUUAAUUACGUCAAAGUUCAUAGCUCACUUUUUAGAAGAAGUUUCUUCAUGGCAAAAAAAAUUAAGUGUUGCUGAUCAAGUAACCACAUUAUGGUUUGAAGUUCAAAGAACAUGGAUUCAUCUUGAGAGUAUUUUUAUGUCUUCCGAGGAUAUAAGAAAACAGUUACCUGUAGAUUCUGAGCGAUUCGAUCGAAUCGAUCAACAAUUCAGGGAAAUGAGUCACGAAAUGGGAAAAACGCCAAAUGUGGUUGAAGCAACAAAUAAAGAUGGCCUUGUGAGAGUUUUGGAUAUUCUACAAAAGGAACUAACUUUAUGUGAAAAAGCUUUAGCAGAAUAUUUGGAAACAAAACGAUUAGCCUUUCCAAGAUUUUAUUUUGUAUCUUCAAGUGAUUUAUUAGAUAUUCUUUCCAACGGAAAUCGACCUGAAGUUGUUGCAAAGCACUUGAUUAAAUUAUUUGAUUCAAUGGCAUGGCUCAAGUUCCAUGAUGAUAGUAAAACCGUAAAACCAGAAAAAGUAAUUGGUAUGUUUGCCAAGGAUGGAGAGUAUGUUGCAUUUAUCAAUUAUGAAAUGACAUGCGAAGGCGCAGUAGAAGUUUGGUUGAAUAGAUUACAGAAAGCUAUGCGAACUUCGAUUCGUCAUUACUUUAGUGAUGCAGUAGUGGCUUACGAAGAAAAACCUAGAGAACAGUGGUUAUUUGACUAUCCAGCUCAAGUCUCUUUAUGCGGUACUCAAAUUUGGUGGACCACUGAAGUAAAUCUUGCAUUUGGUAGAUUAGAAGAAGGUUACGACAAUGCUCUGAAAGAUUAUUUGAAAAAACAAAUUGGACAACUGAGUACGCUAAUCACUUUGUUACUCGGAGAACUAACCAAACAAGAUCGACAAAAAGUUAUGACCAUAUGUACAAUAGAUGUGCACUCUCGUGACGUCGUUACGAAACUUGUACAGGCAAAAGUAGAAACUGCUCAGGCUUUUCAAUGGCAAAGUCAAUUGAGACAUAGGUGGGAUGAAAAAGAAAAAGAUUGUUUUGCCAAUAUUUGUGAUGCACAAUUUAGGUAUUCACACGAAUACUUGGGUAAUACACCAAGAUUAGUUAUCACGCCAUUAACUGAUCGCUGCUACAUAACAUUAACUCAAUCCCUCCAUCUCGUAAUGGGUGGUGGCCCUGCAGGACCAGCUGGUACUGGAAAAACUGAGACAACUAAAGAUCUAGGUCGAGCUUUAGGAAUCAUGGUUUACGUAUUUAAUUGCUCAGAGCAAAUGGAUUACAAAUCAUGUGGCAAUAUUUACAAAGGCUUAGCUCAAACAGGAGCAUGGGGAUGUUUCGAUGAGUUUAAUAGAAUAUCCGUUGAAGUACUUUCUGUCGUUGCAGUACAAGUGAAGUCUGUUCAGGAUGCCAUUAAAGACAAAAAAGAAAUUUUCAAUUUCAUGGGAGAAAUUAUAGCUUUAACGCCUACUGUUGGUAUUUUCAUAACUAUGAAUCCUGGCUAUGCAGGACGUACAGAGCUUCCAGAAAAUUUAAAAGCUCUAUUUAGACCAUGCGCUAUGGUUGUACCUGAUUUUGAGUUAAUUUGCGAAAUUAUGUUGGUUGCUGAAGGAUUUCAAGAUGCUCGUAUUCUUGCAAGGAAGUUUAUUACAUUGUAUACUUUAUGUAAAGAACUCCUAUCGAAACAAGACCAUUAUGAUUGGGGAUUAAGAGCAAUAAAAUCAGUUUUAGUAGUUGCUGGAAGUUUAAAACGUGGUGAUCCUGGGCGACCAGAAGAGGAAGUACUUAUGAGAGCAUUACGUGACUUUAAUAUUCCAAAAGUUGUUUCCGACGAUUUACCAGUAUUUAUGGGAUUGAUUGCCGACCUCUUCCCUGCACUCGACGUCCCCAGAAAAAGAGAUGUUGAUUUUGAAAAAACUGUGAAGCAAGCUGCAACUGAUCUUUUAUUACAACCGGAAGACGGAUUCAUCCUCAAAGUUGUUCAAUUGGAAGAGUUACUAGAAGUACGACAUUCUGUGUUUAUUGUGGGAUCAGCAGGUUCUGGUAAGACGAAAGUUUGGAAAACCUUGUUUAAAACUUAUCAGAACCUAAAGAGGAAGCCAAUAUUUAAUGACCUUAAUCCAAAAGCAGUAACAAACGACGAACUCUUUGGUAUCAUAAAUCCAGCAACGAGAGAAUGGAAAGAUGGCUUGUUUUCUGUAAUCAUGAGAGAGCAAGCUAAUCUCGGAGGGGAACAUCCGAAAUGGAUCAUUUUAGACGGAGAUAUUGAUCCUAUGUGGAUUGAAUCUCUAAAUACCGUGAUGGACGAUAAUAAAGUAUUGACGCUUGCGAGUAAUGAAAGAAUAGCUCUGACACCUUCUAUGAGAUUACUGUUUGAAAUUUCAAAUUUAAGAACUGCUACUCCAGCUACGGUUUCUCGAGCUGGUAUAUUGUACAUAAAUCCUCAAGAUUUAGGCUGGAAUCCUUAUGUUACUAGCUGGAUUGAAACGCGACCUUCCCAAUCGGAAAAAUCAAAUUUGGUCAUUCUUUUUGACAAAUAUAUUCCUACGUGCUUGGAAACGCUACGUAUAAGAUUUAAGAAAAUUACACCUAUCGCUGAAAUGGCUCAUGUAGAAAUGUUAUGUCACUUAUUAAGUUGUCUAUUAACUACAGAACUAACGUCAACUGAUUUUUCAAAAGAUCACUACGAACUUUAUUUUGUCUUUGCGGCAGUUUGGGCAUUUGGUUCUGCAAUGUUCCAAGAUCAAACAAUAGAUCAUCGUAUUGAAUUCACUAAAUGGUGGGUGAAUGAAUUUAAACAGAUUAAAUUUCCUAGCACAGGAACGGUUUUUGACUAUUAUAUUGAUCCAGAAACAAAAAAUUUUGUCUCAUGGACUGAACGUUUACCUAAGUUUGAGUUAGACCCUGACUUACCUUUACAAGCAGUUUUAGUAUAUACAGCUGAAUCAAUUAGAAUACGAUAUUUUCUUGAUCUUUUAAUGGCAGAAAAGCAUCCUGUAAUGUUAGUUGGUCCUGCAGGAUGUGGUAAAACAGUUCUAGUGGCAGAAAAACUUUUGCAACUUUCAGAAAAUUACGUGAUCACCAAUGUUCCAUUCAACUUUUAUACAACCUCUGAAAUGCUUCAGAAAAUUUUAGAAAAGCCACUGGAAAAAAAAGCCGGACGAAACUAUGGGCCACCUGGAAAUAAAACCCUAAUAUAUUUCAUUGAUGAUAUGAAUAUGCCCGAAGUAGAUCCGUAUGGAACAGUGCAACCACAUACACUGAUACGACAACAUUUAGAUUACACUCAUUGGUACGAUAGAACUAAACUGUCUUUAAAAGAUAUACACAACUGUCAGUAUGUUAGUUGCAUGAAUCCAACAGCUGGAUCUUUUACUAUAAAUCCAAGACUUCAAAGACACUUCGCAGUAUUUGCUAUUAGUUUUCCAAAUUCUGAGUCCUUGACUACUAUUUAUGCAUCUAUUCUUUCGCAACACUUGUCAAAUAUUGAACAUAGAUUCCCAUUAACAAUUGCUGAUCUUGGAAAAUAUAUUGUGCAAGCUACUUUGCAGUUGCAUCAUAGAUGUGCUCAGGUUUUUCUUCCUACAGCGACGAAAUUCCAUUAUAUUUUCAACCUUCGAGAUUUAUCGAAUUGUUUUCAAGGGCUACUUUUUAGUGGUAAUGACUGUCUCCAAAUUGGAACAGAUUUCGUUAGGCUUUGGAUGCAUGAAACUCAAAGAGUCUAUGCAGAUAAACUUACUGACGACAAAGAUAUCGAGACGUUUAAUAAAUUACAGAUUGAUAUUUUGAAAAAGAAUAUUGAGGAAAUCGAUGAAGGAGCUAUUUUUGAAAAACCAAAUAUAUAUUGUCACUUUGCUGGUGGUAUCGGAGAACCAAAGUAUAUGCCGGUACAAGAUUGGGCUACUCUACACCGAUUACUAACAGAAGCUUUAGUUACUUAUAAUGACUUAGUAUCUGCAAUGAAUCUCGUUCUUUUUGAAGAUGCUAUGAUGCAUGUGUGUAGAAUCAAUCGAAUCUUAGAAUCACCUCGAGGCAGUGCGCUUCUCGUUGGUGUUGGAGGAUCUGGAAAACAAAGCCUUUCACGCUUGGCAGCAUUUAUAAGCUCUCUUGAAGUUUUUCAAGUGCAAUUACGCAAAGGAUAUGGAGUACCAGAUCUUAAACUGGAACUUUCCUCUCUUUAUUUAAAAUCAGGCAUGAAAAAUUUGGGAAUAAUGUUUCUCAUGACAGAUGCUCAAGUGCCGAACGAACAUUUUCUGGUUUUAAUCAACGAUAUGCUUGCUUCUGGAGAAAUCCCAGAUCUCUUUCCAGAAGAUGAAGUUGAAAAUAUUAUUUCAGGUGUAAGAAAUGAAGUGAAAGGUGCUGGAAUUCUAGAUACUCGAGAAAAUUGCUGGAAAUUUUUUAUUGACAGAGUGCGCCGGCAACUAAGGGUAGUGCUCUGUUUUUCUCCUGUAGGGUCGACGUUGAGAGUUCGAUCGCGAAAAUUUCCGGCAAUAAUUAACUGUACUGCCGUAAAUUGGUUCCACGAAUGGCCUCAGGAGGCUUUAAUGUCUGUCUCCAAACGUUUCCUGCAAGAACUGGAUGAGCUACCGGAAAGUUAUCUUGAAUCGGUAUCUAAAUUUAUGGCACACGCACAUACGACAGUAAAUCUAGCAAGUAGACAGUAUCUGAUAAACGAGCGUCGCUACAAUUAUACAACACCAAAGUCUUUUCUUGAACAGAUUAGCUUGUACAUAAAACUUUUGAAGAACAAAGCUGCCGAAUUGAAAGCUCGUGUGGAGAGAUUGGAGAAUGGUUUAGCUAAAUUGAAGUCAACGGCUGUUCAAGUAGACGAGUUGAAAAAAAAAUUGGCUAUCCAAGAAAUAGAAUUACAGCAGAAAAAUGAGGCAGCUGAUCUUCUUAUAGCGAAGGUCGGCGUGGAAACGGAGAAAGUACAAAAAGAAAAGGCUUUAGCCGACGAAGAAGAGACGAAAGUGGCGAUCAUUGCUGAGGAGGUGUUGAAAAAACAAAAGGAUUGCGAGGCAGACUUGUUAAAAGCAGAGCCAGCAUUAUUAGCCGCUCAGGAGGCUUUGAAUACGUUAAAUAAAGCAAAUCUUACAGAGCUUAAGUCAUUCGGCUCGCCACCUGGCGCAGUCACAAACGUCACUGCAGCUGUGAUGGUGCUACUUGCACCAAGUGGCAAAAUACCCAAAGAUCGCAGUUGGAAAGCUGCUAAAAUUGUAAUGGCCAAAGUCGACGCAUUUUUAGAUGCAUUAAUUAAUUACGAUAAAGAAAAUAUUCACCCGGAAGUAAUAAAAUCUAUUCAACCUUACCUUAAAGACUCGGAGUUUGAGCCAGAGUUUGUCAGAUCUAAAUCUGCAGCCGCAGCUGGUCUGUGCGCGUGGGUUAUCAAUAUUAUUAAAUUUUAUGAAGUUUUUUGUGAUGUAGAACCAAAGCGCAAAGCAUUAGCUCAAGCUAAUGCUGAAUUAGCUGCUGCUCAGGAUAAGUUAGGAGUCAUAAAACGCAAAGUUGCUUCGCUAGAAGAACAAUUAGCAGCGCUCACAGCAGAGUUUGAACAAGCUACCGAGGCAAAGUUAAAGUGCCAGCAAGAAGCCGAUGCGACAAAUGCCACCAUUGCUUUGGCUAAUCGAUUGGUUGGCGGAUUGGCGUCAGAGAAUGUUAGAUGGGCAGAUUCAGUUGCAAAUCUCAUGCAACAAUCAUCAACUUUACCAGGCGAUGUGCUUUUGGUUACCGCUUUCAUUUCGUACGUAGGUUGCUUUACAAAGCAAUUUCGCUUAGAUCUUUUAAACAAGCAAUGGUUACCGUUUUUACGGAAUAUCGAGCCAGCUGUACCCAUAACUGAUGGACUCGAUCCGUUAACUUUACUGACGGACGACACUCAAAUAGCUAAAUGGAACAAUGAAGGAUUACCAAACGACAGAAUGUCAACAGAAAAUGCAACAAUUUUAUCGAAUUCAGAUCGAUGGCCUCUUAUGAUUGAUCCGCAGCUCCAAGGUAUCAAAUGGAUAAAGCAAAAAUACGGCGACAAUCUACGCGUGAUUCGUCUCGGGCAGACAGGUCACCUCGACGUAAUUGAACAGUCACUGGCAGCUGGUGCAACAGUACUCAUUGAAAAUAUUGGAGAACUUGUCGAUCCUGUGCUGGAUUCACUGUUGGGUCGAAACUUAAUAAAGAAAGGCCGUGCUUUAAAGAUUGGCGACAAGGAAGUCGAGUACAACCCGAAUUUCCGUCUGUUGUUGCACACCAAACUGGCAAAUCCUCAUUAUAAACCUGAAAUGCAGGCUCAGACGACGCUUAUUAAUUUCACGGUGACGCGCGACGGAUUGGAAGACCAACUGCUCGCUGAAGUUGUGAAGGCUGAGAGGCCGGAUUUGGAGGAGCUGAAGGCGGAAUUAACGCGACAACAGAAUUAUUUCAAAAUAACUCUAAAUAGUCUCGAGGAUUCUCUGCUUUCCAAACUCUCUUCGGCAGGCAGUAACGUAUUAGGUGACACCGCACUCGUCGAAAAUUUAGAAACGACCAAGAGAACGGCAGCCGAAAUCGAACGAAAAGUCAGCGAAGCGCGUGGCACGUCUCGAGAAAUCGACGCUGCUCGCGAAUUGUAUAGACCAGCCGCAGCUCGAGCAUCCUUACUCUACUUCAUUCUCAACGACUUGAACACGAUAAAUCCAAUUUAUCAAUUCUCUUUGAAAGCUUUCAGCGUAGUUUUUCAACGAGCAGUGCUGAAAGCUGAUCCGGCUGCCGAUGUAACAGGCCGAGUGACAAAUCUCAUCGAAUGCAUCACCUACUCGGUUUUCAUGUACACGACUCGCGGCCUCUUCGAGUGCGACAAGCUCAUUUUCACUUCGCAGAUGGCCUUUCAGGUGCUUCUCGCUCGCGAGGAAAUCAGCGCUCAAGAACUUGAUUUUUUAUUACGCUUUCCGAUCACGCCGCAUGUCACUUCGCCUGUUGAUUUUUUGACUAACAGCAGUUGGGGCGGCAUUCGUAGUCUGUCUUCGCGAGACGAAUUUCGAAAUUUAGAUCGAGAUAUCGAGACGUCGCCAAAGCGAUGGAAAAAGCUCGUCGAGUGCGAGUGCCCUGAGAGGGAAAAAUUUCCGCAAGAAUGGAAAAAUAAGACGGCAUUGCAGAGAUUAUGCAUGCUAAGAGCUUUGCGACCAGACAGAAUGACAUACGCAAUUGUCGCUUUUAUCGAGGAAAAAUUAGGAGCUAGAUUCGUGGAGAGCAGAACCGUCGAAUUCGCGAAAUCUUACGAAGAGACGAGCCCCUCGACUCCGAUUUUCUUUAUUUUGUCACCUGGCGUUAAUCCACUCAAAGACGUGGAAGAUUUAGGCAGAAAAUUGGGUUUCACAUCUGAUGCGCAAAAUUUUCACAACGUUUCACUCGGACAAGGCCAAGAAGGCGUAGCUGAACUCGCAAUGGACAAUGCGUCAAAAAAAGGCCACUGGGUUAUACUUCAGAAUAUUCACUUGGUGAAAAAAUGGCUUCCGCUGCUGGAAAAAAAAUUGGAAGUAGCAUCCGAGGGCUCGCACUCGGAUUACCGAGUAUUCAUGAGCGCUGAACCGGCCAGUACACCGGCUGGUCACAUUAUACCACAGGGCAUUCUGGAGUCGUCGAUUAAAAUAACGAACGAGCCGCCAACAGGAAUGCAAGCGAAUUUACACAAAGCCUUGGACAACUUUACGCAAGAGACUUUGGAAAUGUGCAGCAAGGAAGCGGAAUUCAAGGUGAUAUUAUUCUCCCUAUGCUACUUCCACGCAGUGGUUGCCGAGCGCCGGAAGUUCGGGCCACAGGGCUGGAACAAGAUUUACCCUUUCAACGUCGGCGAUCUUAACAUCAGCGUGAGCGUCUUAUAUAAUUACCUCGAGGCAAGUCCCAAGAUUCCUUGGGAAGAUUUGAGGUAUCUUUUUGGCGAGAUUAUGUAUGGUGGGCAUAUUACCGAUGAUUGGGAUAGACGGUUGUGCGUCUCUUAUUUGGAGGAAUUGAUGCAACCUGAUUUGGUCGACGGUGAACUUCAUCUUGCUCCGGGAUUCCCGGCGCCUCCAAAUACCGACUUGGUGGGUUUUCAUACUUACAUCGAUGAAGUGUUACCACCCGAAUCCCCGUACUUAUACGGGCUACAUCCUAACGCUGAAAUCGGAUUUCUGACGACAACUUCGGAAAAUUUAUUCAGGACCGUUUUCGAGAUGCAACCGCGCGAUGCCGGUAGUUCCGGUGGCCAGACAGUGACGAGAGAAGAUAAAGUAAAACAAAUACUCGACGAGAUACUGGAAAAGCUUCCAGAGGAGUUUAACAUGUCGGAUAUAAUGGGCAAAGUAGAGGAGCGAACGCCGUAUGUAAUUGUCGCGUUCCAAGAAUGCGAGCGUAUGAAUUAUCUAACGAACGAGAUCAAACGCUCGCUACGUGAAUUGGAUCUCGGGUUAAAGGGCGAACUAACAAUUACCUCGGAUAUGGAAGACUUGGAAACGGCACUGUUCCUUGACCAAGUGCCACACACUUGGACGCAAAGAGCGUAUCCUUCUUUACUUGGAUUGACUGCUUGGUUCGUCGACUUGCUGCUAAGGAUACGCGAAUUGGAAACAUGGUCUACUGAUUUUGUGUUGCCUGCCUCGGUAUGGCUGGCGGGUUUUUUCAAUCCGCAAUCUUUAUUAACAGCAAUAAUGCAAUCGACAGCACGACGACACGAACUUCCGCUAGACAAAAUGUGCUUGCAAUGCGACGUGACCAAAAAAAAUAAAGAGGAAUUCACCUCGGCACCAAGGGACGGCGCAUACGUGCACGGCAUAUUCAUGGAGGGCGCACGUUGGGACGUGCAAGCUGGUAUAAUUAUCGACUCGCGACCAAAAGAACUAUUUCCAUCGAUGCCUGUAAUCAAUAUUCGUGCUAUUCCUCAGGAUAAACAAGAUUUGCGAAAUAUGUACGAAUGUCCCGUUUACAAAACGCGGACUCGUGGACCUACUUACGUGUGGACUUUUAAUCUUAAAACCAGAGAGAAAGCAGCCAAAUGGACUCUUGCUGGUGUUGCUUUAUUACUGCAAACGUGA